UUGGUACUGUUCUUCAACUGUCGAGAAGAGGUCGCCAAAAAUCGCUUUCUCACGCGAAAAUUACCCGGAAGAGAAGCGGAUGAUGCAGCCAUCUUCCAGAGGAGAUACGAUGAGUUCGCUGCGGAGAACUCCAGGAUCUUGAAGACUUACCAGGAACGAAACCUUCUUAUCGAGGUUGACACGAACGGAGAGACGGAUAUCUCGUACAGAGCCCUAGUGAACAGCCUGAGUAACACCAAUUUGGCACAUUUUCUCGUCAGGAUGAAAGAAGGUAUAUGCUGA